AGCAUAACCUUGCAUUGGGUUGAGCUACCCGUUAAGUGAUACAUGUAUUCAACAUCUUCAUUUCAUUACUUAUCUAUCUUAAACCCGAUUCUUAUCAAAUGAAAUUCCAAAGUUGACCAUGGAGUUGAAAAGUAAUCAGAAAAUUGACAAAUUAAUUGAGCUUAGGUCAAAAAUUAAAGUUCACGAAAAACUCUGUCAUUUCUCGGACAUCUUGGACGAUAAAUUUGUAAAUGGAUUCUUGGAAGGGAAAAAAUAUGACGUGCAUGAGACAAUUUUUUGUCUGGAAAAUUACAUUGAGUUGCGAACUGUCAAGUACAGGAAGUUAAUUCAACCCUUCUUACCAUCCAGAGCAAGUUUGUUGGGAACCGAAUUCGUUAAUUUUCUAUCUAGCAGGGAUCAUCAUGGGAGACAUGUUGCAGUGUUUAAUAUUUCUGCCUGGAACCCGUCACUGGUCUCUCUACAAGAAGUAGUGGUAACUGGACUGUUCAUUUUUGAUGAAGCGAUAAGACGUUAUGUUGCGACAAGCGACGAAUUUGUACUCAUAGCCAACUAUGGAGGCGUGUCAUUCGAGCAAGCCAAAGUCAUCACACCACGACUUGCCUUCCAAGUACUGGAAUUGUACCUGAAAUGCCUCCCUGGGCGCCAAAAGCGGCGCAUAUCAUACAUGAAAACUUUAUAAUGAAUGGAGCUAUCCGAAUUCUGAAAUAUUUGUUGAGCAAAAAACUACGGGAACGGAUUCAUGUCCACUCAAAGAAGCUUGAUUCCUUGCAUGAACACGUGUCUAGGACAAUUUUGCCGACCUCAUUGGGUGGCACACUUACAAACGAGGAAGCCUUCGAUAACGGUCUUAUGGUAAAAAUAAGGGGGAAUGACGGUUUUUAUAAAAGCCUGGAAAAGUAAAAAAAGUGAUGAAGUUUCAAGUAUGCGCUAAGAAAAUUGUCGCGGCACUUGUCCAGUCGAUCUGAUCAAAUUAUGUACGAGUACGCUCAUAUGUAUAUUUAGAUCUAAUGGUAGUUUAAAAAUACUGGCAUUAUUCUAUAACAUAAAACGAUUUGGAACAUGUCUUGAAGGUAAAAGUUUUUGAUGGGGUGUGUUUAGUUUGUAGAAUAUGUUCAAAUUGUGAGAAUUACUUUAAUUAAACUUGUUCGCAAUUACGGGAAAUUGUGUGAUUUUAAAUAAAAAUACUAGUAUAAAUGCCAGAAUAUGUUAAUUUGAAA